AUGGAAGACGGCAGGCACAACCUGCUUGCUGGGGCGGCGGCGAUCGAGUCUGGAAGACCUUUCCCAGCGGCUUCACUGUACAAAAUCACACCUCAGCCCCGCAUUUUGAGAGAGGAGCUGUUGGAGUUGAUCGAGCCAUGGCGAGAAAGCUCUGAGCAGCCACCAUUUAGCAUGGGAGAAUUGGUGGUCAUCGCGCUUGUUCUGCUCAAUGAGCACUCUGUAACACUUCAGCGGAUCCAACACAAGAUCUAUAGGACCUUCGGCUACUACAACGACCAAGCUCUGUUAGAGUACAUGACUGGAUCGGCUGCUCGACGAGGCGUGCCCGCUGCCGCAAGUGGUCGUUCGGCUCUCAUCCUACCUAGUGGCACCGAUCGUGAGCGUCUCAAGGCGUCUCUCUAUAAAGCAACAAAGCAUUUUGAUCUUCCUGUCCGUCGCUCAGGGGCUGGGCAACAGAAGUCAUUAGGAGUCGUACAGAACGCUGCGCGAGCUUACUUGCGGCAUUGGCUCGAACCUACGAGGAAGGGUACUUUCGACUUCAUGGGCCUCCCUCCAGAGCUCCGUGAGAAGAUCUACAAGAUGCUGAUGGUGUAUCCAAAGUCGGGUUUGAGUUACACGGAUGAUCUAGAAGCCACGGUCUCUUCUUCUGGGUACUACGGCCUCUCAGUUGAGAAACACUCUGCGACAUUUGCGAUCUUGAGCGUGUGCAAAGCGACUCAUCAUGAGGCAUUGCCAGUAUUCUACAACAAUAACGUGAUGGAAUUCGAAUCUCUCGACGGGCUGAUCUCGGCACUUGAGCGCAUGUCCACUGAGAUCAUCAAGGAAAUUCGGACUUUGCACAUCUUUGCGCGCACCUGCGACAUCAUUCGACAUGGGGCGCUCGACUCAGAUGGAGCGCUCGAGUUGUUACGAGCUUUAUCGCCCAACAAGCUCAUUCUCUCAGGAUCACCCAAUUUCUUCAUUGAGCUCAUGCUCGGAUUCACAGACCUCAACGUGAAGUCAGGGGGGUCAACGGCAAUACAGGAAAUUAUUGGGCUCAUGAAGCGUGCGAGGACCAUUCAGGUUAGAGCCAACAGUCAAGUCGAGGAAUGGCUGGAUGGGAAGCUGGACGAACUUGAGAAAGCGUAA